UGUUAUUUUCUUGGUAUUUAUUGACUUGCAUGAGUCAAUGGGUCUUUCUAUCACUUAAAAUAAUGAGUCUUUUCUGAACAAAUGGCAGUUCUGAUGUUCAAAAGAAUUUCCUUGAAGCUUAAGUAGCAGAUAAGGCAGGAGAAGUGGAAUUUUAGACACAUUUUGCGGAAACAAUUGGAUUAUUUUUGGACUUCCUCUUCUUUCUUAUAUGAGAAAACGGGCAGCCUGCUGCAGAAAGUAUCCUACGUUUACACAGGGUCCGGAGAAGGGCCGCAUUUGGAAUGCGAUGUAGGCAGCCUACCCUAAUACAAGCAUUAGUGAUCAAUUCCACGGCUCGAACCCGUGAUCUAUAGGCAGAGGUGGACCUAUGCUAUAGGUCGAGGGGUCACCAGCCCCCUUAAAGUUAGGCAAAAAUUUCAUGUAUGUUUUUAGAAAGUAGUGAUAUAUUAGUAGUGGGCACCCUAUAUACAAAGCAGAUUUUGGUUGAAUAAAAAAGUGCACACCUUCAAAUCCUAGGUCCGCCUCUACUUAUAGGUCACACGGAGACAACUCUUUUUUCUUUUAUGGAAGUCCCAAAAUUUCAUGAGGAAUAUUUAGAUUCACCUCCAGACUUCUUUGUUGGUUUAUAUUUGAAUCUCAUUUUUUUUAAUCUCAGGGAAAGCUGAGACUGAGCAUAUAUACAAUUCUAUCUUCCAAGAAUUUGUCGAAAAUCUGAAAUAGCGAAUAGAUUGUUGGAGUAGAGACAAUAUAAUUGAACACAAAAGAACUUGCAUAGCUUUUACAGAUUUAGUGAUCAAGUCAGGAGAACAAGUGCCAUUUCAAUUUGAUACUUUUUUUGUAAUGGCGGAGUUAGUUCCAAUUGGGACUAUUUUAGCUGUGAUUAGCAGUCAAGUAAUGAAAACAGCUCUAGCUGCGAACGAUGUAUUAUUUGAGAAGGAGAGUUUUAAGGUUUUGGGAAAUUACCUUUUGGACAUUGAGCCUGUCUUGAAAGAAUUGCAGCUACAAAAGUUAAACGAUUCGCUUGCUGCAAGGCAAGCUUUAGAAUCCCUUGAAGCUGAUUUAAAGAAGGCUAAUGACUUGGUCGAAAAGUACAAAAACCGAGCCCGUUUUUACUUGCUAGUCAAGUGUAGGAACAUUGUUGAGGAGGUACAGGAUGUUACGAGGGACAUUGGAAAAUCUUUAGCCGCGCUAUCCAUUGUCAACAUAGAAGUCUUGUCGGGGAUUUCAGAAGAGGUAAAUAGGCUGCAGAAUGAGAUGCAAAGAGCUAACUUUGAGGCUUCUCAGUCGCGGCUCCAAAUUGUUAACAAGUUAAACCAAGGUCUAUCCGAUCAGAUACACGACCAGGAAUUUGCCAACAAUAUUCUCAACGAAAUAGCAAGGGCUGCUGGCGUACCGGUGGAGCCUGCAGAGAUAACGAAAGAGCUAGAUAAUUUCAAGAAAGAGAAAGAAGAAGCUGCUUACCGAAAAGAGAGAGCUGAAGUCUUGUUUCUGAAUCAAGUUAUUGAGCUGCUCUCUCGAGCCGAUGCUGCACGAGAUUAUGAGGAAGUCAGAAGCCAGUACUUCCAGAGAGUUAGCAUUAUAGAAGGAUAUGACCCUAAAGAAGAAUACAUUCAGCCAUUUAAAGCUUUAUUUUGCUGUAUAACUGGAACGAUAAUGGUAGAUCCUGUAAGCCUAUGCACUGGUACUGCCUGUGAAAGAGCGUCUCUCCAAGCUUGGUUCGAUUCAGGGGAGAAAACAGAUCCCGAAACAGGUGAAGAACUGCAGGAUUUGUCCUUCAGGCCGAACCUCCAAUUGAGACAGUUAAUCGAGGAGUGGAAAGAGCUCAACUAUUGCAUCAAAAUCAGGGCUUGCAAGGGGAAAUUGCUUUCUGAAGUGGAUGCAUUAAUCGAGGAGGCUCUUGCGCAAAUGCAAGAACUUAUGAAAGAAAAUUCAAUAAAUAAAGAAUGGGUGACGAUUGGAGGACUCACUGAAAUUGUCAUCUCUAAGCUUGGCAGUUUGCAUAACGGAUAUCUGCAAGAUAAAGCAAUGAUUACGUUGAAGGAUGUUGUAGAAGGGCAUGCUAGAAACAAGGACGUGUUCGUUGAGAACCAGGGGCUUGAGAAUGUUGUGACAUGCUACGGAACAGACUCAACCAUUUCAGGGGCUGCAAUUGAGCUGAUAUAUGAGGUUCUACAAGAUCGGCCUGGUUGGAACUUGGCUUAUUGCCAGAUGCUUUCUCAGCAGUCCAAUGCAAUCUUGCUUCUCGUCUCGUUUCUCAAAAGUCAGACCGGUCCAUUAGCUGAGCAAGUAGAAGAAAUCUUGGGUAAGCUUUGUGAUGAGGAAGAGGAGAACAUUGUUAGGGCUGCUCGAGAGGGAUGGUAUGGACCACUUAUUGAUAGGUUGCAUCAUGGAUCGGCAUCUUCAAGAAUGUCAAUUGUUAGAGCAACUCUUGGUUUGGAACUCGGGGAUGAAGAUAUGAAGAUCCUUGGGGAGAAAGGGGUGAUCCCUCCUCUGCUUGAGAUGGCAUCUGGAAAUAUUGAAUCAAAAGAACUGUCGUUAUCUGCACUUGUGAAGUUAUCAAGCUUAAAUGGCAAUAAGAUGCUUAUAGCUGCGGCUGGAGGUGUUCCUAUCAUUUUAAAGCUAAUGAUUUCAUCCCAUGUACGUUCAAUUAUCAUCGCUAAGUGCUGUGAGGUUCUUGCUAAUCUUUCUUGCAAUGGUGAUGGAGUUAAGUUCUUGAUUGAUGAAACUGACAACCAACUUGUACUAGAGCCUGUAAUCGCAUACUUGCUGGCUUUUCAGCAGAAUCUCACAUCCUCGGACAUUGUUCGUAGGCAUGCUUUACGUGCACUAUUAGGAAUCUGUCAAUCUGAAGCUGGACUUGUCAAGUCAGCUGUUCUCUCUGCCGGUGGUGUUUCAGUGGUCCUUCCCCUUCUAGAUGAUUCGAACCAGGAAAUAAGAGAAGCAGCAAUAAACCUUCUUUUCCUCUUCUCACAGCACGAGCCAGAGGGGGUCGUUGAGUAUCUUCUUAAGCCAAGAAGGCUUGAGGCUUUAGUCGGUUUCCUUGAAAAUGAUAACAAAGGUGAUGUGCAGAUGGCUGCAGCCGGUUUACUAGCCAACCUUCCGAAAUCAGAAACUUCACUCAGAGAGAAACUCAUAGAAUUAGGUGGACUGAAGGCCAUUGUUAACAUCUUAAAAACCGGAACCAUGGAAGCGAAGGAAAAUGCUCUCAGUGCCCUCUUCAGGUUCACAGAUCCAACAAAUCUCGAGUCUCAACGUAAUGUGGUUGAACUUGGGGCAUAUCCUAUACUUGUAACUCUUCUCAAAGCUAAUUUAAUAACUGCAGAAGCAAGAGCAGCAGCACUCUUAACUGAUCUAUCAAUGCGAAGUCAUGAACUCAGUGUCGGAUCCAAGAAAGCUUCUUGUUUCUGUAUUGGCCGAGCACGUGCUCCUAUCUGUCUUGCGCACGGGGGUGCCUGCAGUGUGAGCAAAACAUUUUGUCUGUUAGAGGCAAAUGCAUUGCCUGGUCUUGUCAAACUUUUAAAAGAAAAGAUACACGCCACGUCUUAUGAGGCGAUUCAAACGCUCUCUACUUUGGUUCGAGAAGAGUCUCCUCAUAGAGGAGCCUAUGUGCUGCACAAGGAGGAUGCGAUUUCACCAACAAUAGAAGUUCUAAGCUGGGGAUCAGAAUCUUUGAAAGGGGAAGCUUUAGGGCUGCUGGAAAAAGUAUUUAUGUCAAGGGAAAUGGUUGAUUUUUACGGGCCAACAGCUCGACUACAUCUUGCGCGUUUAACAGGAGGUAGAAUUUGUGAAGAUGGACAUCUCCAAAGGAAAGCUGCUAGAGUCUUGUUACUUAUCGAUCGUCAAUCCAGAUCAUCCGGGUCUCUUGUUGCAGGAAUAUCUGGUUGAAAAUCUCCAGUCUUACAUUUCAUUCCACACCCUACAAAGCGUUGUCUUAGGUCGAAAAGUGUGGCUUUUGAUCAAAGGCUACAUUUUCUGAUAGUUUAGUCCACACGUUUCAGGUGUGGUUAAAGGCCUAAUAUAUUUAGUGAACUCUCUUGAUUUUUCAUUCCCAAUUAGCUGUAUGUAAUUAUGUUCUUGUGUGGUAUGUGUUAAAGAAAUUCAUAUUUUGAGACCUAUAAUAGAAGUAUAUUGAUCUUUGAUAUUCUA